UAGUAAUCCAGCAGCUUACAGAACAGACGGCGCUUCCUGAAUCUGCUCAGAUUUCUGUUGUGAGCUGAGAACACAGACGCGCGCACACACACGCACAUGUGACAUGAAUGAAACAGCUCUAGUGGAUCCAUGCGAUGUUUGUAAAGUUUGCUAUGGAGAUGGUGUUGUAUCUGGACUCGGCUGCUCCGGAGGUGGACAGUUCCUGUGUUCGCUGCUCAAUGUGACAGAGGAUCACGUCUUCAACAUGGCACAGGAGCGAGGCAGAUAUGAUUUCUACAUCGGCCUGGCUUUGGCCAUCAGCUCCAGUGUGUUUAUCGGAGGAAGUUUUAUCCUGAAGAAGAAAGGACUAUUGAGACUCGCACGGAAAGGCUCCAUGAGAGCAGGUCAAGGCGGUCAUGCCUAUCUAAAAGAAUGGCUUUGGUGGGCGGGGCUUUUAUCAAUGGGUGCAGGUGAAGCGGCAAACUUCGCAGCUUACGCGUUUGCUCCUGCGACACUCGUCACUCCGCUCGGGGCUCUCAGUGUGCUCGUGAGCGCCGUGCUCUCCUCCUACUUCCUGUCGGAGCGGUUGAACCUGCACGGGAAGCUGGGAUGUCUCCUCAGCGUGCUCGGCUCCACCACCAUGGUGAUCCACGCGCCACAGGAGGAGGAGAUCGACAGCCUCAAAGACAUGGCAGAGAAACUGAUGGACCCGGGCUUUGCCGUCUUCGCGACGUUCGUCAUCAUCGUGGCUCUGAUCUUCAUCUGCAUCGUCGGCCCACGUCACGGACAAUCCAACAUCCUGGUGUACAUCACCAUCUGCUCUGUGAUCGGCUCCCUGUCCGUGUCGUGCGUGAAGGGUCUGGGCAUCGCCAUCAAGGAGGUGAUCGCCGGCCAGCCGGUGUUCGGUAACCCUUUAGCGUGGCUGCUGCUGGCAAGCCUGGUGGUGUGUGUCAGUACGCAGAUCAACUACCUGAACAAAGCACUGGACAUCUUUAACACCUCUCUGGUCACACCCAUCUACUAUGUCUUCUUCACCACGUCGGUGCUCACUUGCUCCGCCAUCCUCUUCAAAGAGUGGGAGCACAUGGGCUACGACGACGUCAUUGGGACGCUGAGCGGCUUCCUAACCAUCAUCGUGGGGAUUUUCCUGCUGCACGCGUUCAAGGACGUCAACGUCAGUCUGGCCAUGCUGGCCGUCAGCAUCAGGAAGGAGGAGCGCAACGGGACUAUGGCCAACGGCGUCGGGGCGCACGCUCACCCCGCGUACGAGCUUCUCCGGGACGAAGAGGCCGUGGAUUUGGAGGACCGAGAGACGAGCUUGACGUUCGACAACGUCUCCAGGAGAAAUGGCACCACGUCCACAUCUUAGGUUUCAGACGCCGGUCUAACUAUCUACUGUGUGAAAGUUUUUGUUUUCCCUCUCUUAAAAUCCGAAGACAAUCAAAAAUAGACGUGACUCACGGACCAAACGAUUAUACACAAGUAUGUUUUCUCUCUACUGUAUCUGCCUUACCUCUAUGACACGGACGUCGGUUCUUGGCGCCGUAAGGCUUCGUGUAGCGUUGUAAAUACUUUGUACAUCCGCUAGAAGGGAAAGGCUUUAAAAACAUCCGUACAUAGCCUGCACUGAUUGAUUGUUUUUUUUUUAUUUAACCUCCUCCUUUGUUCCUUCUCCUCCUCUGUUGUACCUUCUUAAGAUGGUGAAUAAUAAUGUUAAUAGUUAAUAAUGAUAAAUUGCUAUAUUUAUUGAAUUAAAAAUCAGAUUACAAAUCAAAUACAAAAAAGAA